AUGCAGCCGCCCCAAGAGACACGUAGGCUUUCAACCACAAUUGACAACCGCGGUGGGCUAAUCCAUUCCCUGUUCACAUCCCCUGCACUUCAGAGGACUCCCCAUGGUAGCCCGGAUACCACGCACGUCAGAGGGUCGGAAGUUUCUUCGGUCCGUUACGUCCAGGACCAUGGCAGGACGGCCCUACCCAAGGACAAGGACAAGGAUAAUAAGGAGAGCACAGGGCGCCGGCUGCUGAACAUGCUGAGAAAAACUCUUAAAGGGUCUGAGAGUGAAGAACAGGAAGUUGUACCUGAGACACCAACUUUGGAGCCAUUUGGGGAUGUGGUUGGCUGCCUGGCUGUUCAUAUAAAGAAUUGUGGACAUUUUAUGCCUAAGAUCAGUUUACUACAUUACACUAAUUUAUUCAUUCGCAUCUCUAUAAACAAUGUUGUGAAAUAUACAAAAUUUCAUAGCUUGCUGUCCAAAAACAAUGAAAAGAACCCUGCAAUUAAGUUUGGUGAAAUAAAGUAUUUCUCCGUACAGGUUCCUAGGCGUCAAGAUGAUGAACGGAAUAAUAUUCACUUGGAACUAAUGCAAUAUGACAAUAUAAAAAAAAAUCCUCUCUUAUUAGGGAGUGUUCAGGUACAUCUUUAUGAAGUAAUUCAG